UCUCUCUCUCUCUCUCUCUCUCAGCACUCAGCACGCGGACGUCUUCAUGGAGGGCUCGUGCAGCAGUCCUCUGCCCUACUACUCCCACUACGCCACAUUUCCAAGCAGAAUCUCAGUUUUUGCUGAACAGCCCUCGCAGCAUCCCAGCGGUACCAAUUUCCAACUUUAAAACAACAUUCUCCCCUCCUUUGAAGCCCCUCCCCUUUAGUUUUUUUUCUUUCGUCAGAUACGUCAGUCCCAGGGAAUUAAACGAGGUUGUUGGUUUUUUUGUGUACUUCGGGGCUCCGCAUGGAUGUGGCAGCGGCAGAGAGGAUGACUCUGCCGGCUAUCCGACUCCGGAAUCGGCCGACGCAAGUGAUGCCGAACCAGCGGAAGGUGAAAGCCAGACGGAAAAGACGAAAGGAGUUGGUUUUAAUCCAAAUAUGCUUGUUCGGCGGCUUGCUUCUGGUCGUGAAGGGGUUUUCCUACUUAACGGAAAAUUCAGGUUUCCAUGUGUCCAGCCACGGCGCCGACGGCCAGGAGAGAUGGGCGGGGAGGAGGCUGCUGCAGGAAAUGGACAACAGCAGCCUGGAGGAAAUGGAGAGUGAAGAAUCUAAGAACUGCACGACUCCAGCUCUGCACGAGUUCCCUACAGACCUGUUCACACACAAGGAGAGAACAGAAGGAGCUGUGGCGCUGCAUGUCCUUUGUACCAUUUACAUGUUCUGUGCCCUGGCCCUCGUCUGUGAUGACUACUUCGUCCCUUCCCUGGAGAAGUUGUGUGAGCGCCUCCAACUCAGUGAGGACGUAGCAGGGGCAACCUUCAUGGCCGCUGGCAGCUCGGCUCCUGAACUCUUCACAUCCAUCAUAGGGGUGUUCAUCACCAAAGGUGACGUGGGUGUAGGGACCAUUGUGGGAUCAGCUGUCUUCAACAUCCUCUGCAUCAUUGGUGUGUGUGGCUUCUUCGCCGGUCAGGCAGUGAAGCUGUCUCACUGGGCUCUACUCCGAGAUUCAAUUUAUUACACAUUUUCCAUCACAGCCCUCAUUUUGAUUAUCUACGAUGAGAAGGUGAGCUGGUGGGAGUCUCUUAUCCUGAUUCUCAUGUAUGCGCUCUACAUCCUCAUCAUGAAGUUCAACGGCAGGGCACAUCGCUACUUUGACCGUCGAAAGAAGAACUCUGUGAAUCUGUCCAACGGGCUAACAGGAAGCACUGAUCUGGAGGAUAAUAUCACAUGUGAUGCUACUGCAGUCCUGCUCAAGAAAGCUAACUUCCACUGUAAGCCGUCGGCGCUGAUGGUGGACGAGCUGCUGUCUGCGUACCCCCACCAGCUGUCUUUCUCCGAGGCCGGCAUGAGGAUCAUGAUCACCAGCCACUUCUCCCCCAGAACCCGCCUCACCAUGGCCUCCCGCAUGCUUAUCAAUGAGAGACAGAGACUGAUCAACACCACAGAGACCCGAGUCAACCGCAUCACUAACGGCGACUCUGACUCGGCGGCCAGGGCUCAGGGGAGGUGGGGCUUAGAGAAUGGGAUGGGCGGAGCUGAGCAGGGUCUGAACGGGAGGUGUCGACUUCAGCUGCUGGAGUCUGGGAACGAGACGGAAAACGAAAACGAGGACAAUGAAAACAAUGAGAACGACGAAGAAGGAGAGGGAGAAGACAACAGCAAUGGCCCCCUGCUGCCUUUCAAAGUGCCAGCCGGAGCGUGUAACAAGCUGAAGUGGGUAGUAAUGUGGCCACUGUCCCUGCUUCUGUUCCUCACCGUGCCCAACUGUGCCAAGCGGCGCUGGGAGAGGUGGUUCAUGGUCUCUUUCUUCACCGCCACCAUGUGGAUCGCCGGCCUCUCCUACAUCAUGGUCUGGAUGGUCAGUCCAGUCGCUCUCACUCUGGGCGCGCCGACAGUUGUAGUCUUUAUUGGAUUAACUCACACUAUUGCUUGUCAUAAUUGACCUGUCCCCUGUCUGUCUACAGACGUUGACAGUGUUUCUCUCCCUACAUCAGGUCUGGGAGACAUGGCCAUCUCUAACUCCAUAGGCAGUAAUGUGUUUGACAUCCUGGUGGGCCUGGGCCUGCCCUGGACCCUGCAGACACUCUGCAUCGACUACGGCUCCAACAUCUAUCUUAACAGUAGAGGACUGAUAUUCUCUGUUGGACUCCUGCUAGCCUCAGUCUUCUUCACAGUUCUCGGUGUCCAUUUAAACAAUUGGACUCUGGAUUGGCGACUGGGCUUGGCCUGCCUCAUUCUGUACACCAUCUUUCUAUGCUUCUCCAUCCUCAUCGAGUUCAACGUCUUCAUCUUCGUAAACCUCCCUAUGUGCCGAGACAUCCACUGACCUCCCCCCUCCUCUUUUUCUCCGUCUUCCUCUGGUUAAAGGAAGAAAACCCUCUGCCGGCUUCCAGUUUCUCGGCACAUUGAAACCAAGUCCUAUGUUUUUUUAUUUUUUCAAAUAGAAAAUAGAGCACUAUAUGAGUUAUCUUUGGUGCAAUACACACAAGAAAGAAGACACCGGAAGUUUUUUUUGG